UAAUGAGUGACCGGAUGUUGAUUUAGAGACUAGUCUCUGUUCUCCGGGUCUGUGUGAGGAGACACCUGGAGCCGCUCCACACCUGGAGCCCUCCGCUCACUAAUAACCUAUGGUAAUAACCUCUUCUACCGUCUCAGCUGCUUCUUCUUUUCUUUUACAGUUUUAUAAAAACAUUUUGAGGUUCCUGCGGGGACCGGGGCCGGGACCGACAGGUGUCCUCACACUGUCUCACAGCUGGAUUCUAACCUGUUUCUGGUCCCGGAGCGGAUCAGAGCUCGGGGCAGAGUACCGGAGCAGGAUGGUGAUCCGGGUCAGUCUGGUUCUGCUCUCCUGGUUCUGUACGUGGAGCCGGACUGAGCACCUGGACCAGCUGGACCACGUGGACCAGGACAGCAGCGGUCUCUGUCGCUAUGGGAACAGUGUGGAGUGCUGCUGGGGCUGGAGACAGACGGAGCGAGGACGCUGUCAGCCUCAUUGUCAGCAGGGUUGUAAACAUGGUGUGUGUGUCGGAGCAGACAGAUGCAGAUGUCACCCAGGAUACACCGGCAAGGCCUGUAACCACGACCUGAACGAGUGUGGUGUGAAGCCUCGGCCCUGUAAACAUCGCUGCAUGAACACACCGGGCAGCUACAAGUGUUACUGCGCAGACGGAUACACGAUGCAGCAGGACGGAGGCUGCAGGAAUGCUCGGACCUGUUACCAUGCCAACUGUCAGUAUGGCUGUGAGGUCAUCAAGGGGGCGGUCCGAUGCACCUGUCCAUCUCCAGGGUUACGGUUGGGACCAGACAGACGCACCUGUACAGACAUCGAUGAGUGUGUGUCCAGUGGAGGUGUGUGUCCUCGCCGCAGGAAAUGUCUGAACACGUUUGGGAGCUUUGUGUGUAAAUGUCACCUCGGCUUCAAACUGACAUACAUCAACGGACGCUACAACUGCAUCGAUAAGGACACUCGGCCGUUCUGCUCUCUGAAUCCGUCGUCUCCAAAGUGCCGCUGUAAAGAUGGCAACUGUAAAGCUGUCCUCAGAGCGACUCUGCAGCCACAGACACCCAGAACUACAAGGACUACAACUCCCAUCACCACCACAGCUGCUACUACUAUAAUUACCACUCCUACUACUGCUACUACUACCACUCCCACUACUACGACUACUAUUACUACAACUACUCCUACUACCACUCCCACUACUACUACUUCUUCUACUAUUACUACUCCUACUUCUACUACUACAAUUACCACUACUCCUACUACUCCUACUACUACAGUUCAGCCCACAUCUACCCCGAUUCCUUCCACAACUACAACCGCUCCAAUACCCACUACUACUACUACUACUACUACUACUUCAAGUACAAUAACUUCUACCACCCGUAUAAGUACUUCUACCCCUCUGCUUACUACGACUCCAACGGUACCUACAACUACUACACCCGCUACUACCACUAGUACUACUACAACUACUACACCUGCUACUACCACAACUAGUACUACUACAACUACUACCCUGGAUACUACGAUGACUCCUGCCACUACUACUGCAGCUGAGGCCACAACUACAGUGAGCAACAGGAUCAACCAGGACGUGACACACAGACAGAGAGGAGACGUGCACAUCCCUCGUCAUCCAGGGCAGAACCAGGUGUGGGAGUUUGACAUCGAGUUGGGACACACGGCGGAGGACGCUGGAGACGACCCCAGGGUGGGUGUGCGUCAUUGUACCUUUGAUCACGGAGUGUGUGACUGGAUUUCAGACAGGGAAGGAGAUCUACACUGGGAAACAGCUCAAGACGCCAAAGGUGGGCGGUUCCUGUCGGUCCCUGAGAUGAAAGCGGGACAGUGGAGCGUCCGCGGUGCUCGACUGUCCGUCCCGUUAGUCCCGCCCUGGAGCCACGCCGACCUGUGCUUCUCCUUCUCCCAUUGGCUAACGGGGCAUCAGGUGGGCGUGCUGCAGCUGUUUGUCAGGAAGAAGGGACGGGGGCAAAGGUAUAGCUCCGCCCUCUGGAGCAGGACAGGUGGACAUGGCUGGAGACACACACAGGUUACCCUGACGACGCACUCUCUGGACAAGGUGUUGUUGAAAGCCGAGCGGAGGAACGGACGGCGUGGACAGAUCUCAAUUGAUGAUGUCACACUGAGGCGGGGGGCGUGUCGAUGACAUCACUCUGAUUUAAAGGAACAUUUUGUUUUAUCUGAAACAAUAAAAAAAUAGUUUUCUGUUGUUUUUUUAAACUCUUUUAUUCUUUAACUUGAAUACGAGAUUGUUUUUGUAUUUUAAUUUUAAAUAAUGAAGACUGAGCGCCCACUGUAUGGAGGACAGAAGCUGCCAAAGUAAAAAAUAAAAAGUAAAUAAAUAAAUAAGCCAUUAAAAUGUCCAAAAAAUAAAAGGCAAUUGAUUUUUUAUGAAUGUGACAUGAAUUCAUCUUUGUAUUAUUUUCCCACUUUUCUGUUUCCCUUUUUUAAUAUAAUUAUAUUUUAUCCUUACAUUUAUUGUUUGGAAUAUUUUACCCCGUGACAUGCUAUAAAUAAAAAACACCAUUUGCAUGAGUGAAUAAAUACAAAAAAAUACAAAAAUACAAAAUAAACUUAAUUAUUUAUUAGUUAUCCAAUGAAAAGUAAUUUAAUACAGAAAUAAAUGGAGUGGGAGAAAAUAUUUUUUUUAGUAAAUAUUUUUAAAAAUUGAUAAUAAUAAACAUUGAUGAUUGAAUCAUUGAAGACAUUUUUACGAGAAAAUAAAUAAAUUGGGGAAUUAACAAAGUAAGAUAAAGAAGCAUUUCUUUUUUACAUUAAAUUAAAUUAUUAAUUGCCUAAAUUGAUUUCUAAUAUUUUUAGGACAUUUAAUGUCACAUUUAUCUUUUAUUUUGGCAGCUUUGGUCCUCCAUAUAAGUAUA